AUGGCUUUUAUGGUGAGUGCAGCGGAGUACAGUGGGCGAUGGGCAGCGUUACAGCAGGUGGCGCUGUUGUUCUUCAACAGCAAUUUCGGCAUAAACUUCGCACUCUACUGUCUCAGCGGGCAAAACUUCCGCAGAGCGCUGCGCCAGACCCUGCCGUGUUUGCGCAGGCGCGCACGUCGAGGCGUGGCGGUUCGGCGGCCCACUUCCUUCAACCCAGCUCGCGCGAGCAGCGUCUCAACCUCGUUUGUUAGUUGCACGGAAGCAACUAGCAAUUGCGCCGUAGUCAGCGUAUUGCCGAGCCGUCGCGAACCUUUCAUCAGCCGUUGGACAUUUGACAACAGCCGUCAGUGGCAGCACCGCCGCAAUCCGACGCCCGCGCCUACCUCUGAGCGGUUCGAGUUACAAAUCUUCCCUUCGUCCGAGAUGUAA